CGGCCGUUCGCUGGGUGGCCGAGGGAGAGCAGAAUACUAAGUUCUUCCAGGGCUUCGUUAGGCAAAAGCGUGCUAAGUCGUACAUACACAGUAUUGAGGUUGAUGGGUCAUCCCUGACCCAAGAGUCUCAGGUUCGGGAGUCGGCUGUUAUUCACUUACAGACCCUCUUUACCUCUGACAGAGUGUCCCUCGUUGCCCCAACCGCCUCUUUCUUUCCCAACAUUCCUCCUUCGGUCGACCUUGUUGGCCUUUGUGAGCUUCCGAAUAGGGAGGAGGUUAGGGAUGCUGUCUUCGGGAUUGAUCCCAACAGCGAUUCUGGCCCCAAUGGGUUCUCUUCUCUCCUCUAUCAGGUUUCUCUCUCUACUUCCCACCUCCCCUUCACGUCCGUUCACCGCCUAACCAUGCCUCCGGCCACCGUUGCGGCACCGGCACUCACGGUGCCAGACCAGCUACCAACCUCAGAUCCGAUAUCGUCCAGUUUAGAACACUCCCCACCUAAAUCUGCUCUCGCUGCUUCGAUAUCUCUUCCCCCAGAACCAGACCUCCGGCCGACCUCAUUCAGGCCUAUCGAUGAAGUAUGUCAUCCUCGAGCUCUGUUUCCCGAAUCUUUUGAAGCAAUAGAACCCGUCGGUCCAUCUUCUAGCUCCUCUCCUCAACAAUCUCAAGAUCCGGCUCCGUCUGGGCAUCUAAGCUCACCGCUGUCAGUCGUCGGCAAAAUCGGGUCAGAGGUGCAUAUCGGGUCUCUUCCUAUAUCAAUUUGUCAGGUACACUUAUCGCCGGUGAAGAACAACCCCUCGCUGCCGGCUUCCUCCAUCGGCGGCGCAAACCCUAUCCCUCAGCUCCGCCGACACGUGGAUGGUCCUCUCUUUUCCCCUCAGCUCACAGAUCUUGCUGACGGAGCGGAAAAAAAUUGUUUGGGCCCAUAUCCUGGGCCGCCUCCUGGGCCAACAAUUUCUCUAAGGCCCACCUACCUCCCAACACACUCAGCCCCAUCAGUCCAAUACAAUUCCAGGCCAAGUAAUGGACCCAAUGGACCUGGGAUUGCCU